CCCAUCCACAUCACAAGUUCUCAUCGCACCCUAUCCGGAGCAGUCUCCGGCGUACAUGUCCCGCGCUAACUUGGAACUUGACGACUCUGACAUGCCCGAGGAGACUCACUUUGACGAAAAGCGCUCUCACCACGAUGAAAAGCGCCCCGAGAACGGCACGAAGGGCAAGCACGCCGUCCACUAUGACGACACCCCGAGCCCGCACGUAGACAGGUUCGAGCCACAACCCAUCUCGUCUCGUGCUUCCUCCAUCGCUGGCACGGACGAUGAGGAUGAAGAGUCUGCAUACGACUGGAGCGGCGAGGAGGAUUUGGUAGAUGAAGAAGCUAAAUUCGAGCAGGCCAUGGGUGUCAAAAAGAAACGAAAGUUUGGCUGCAUCCGCCUCAUCACGCUUCUGUUCUCCACCCUCAUCGGCUCGACCUUUCUCUCCGGACUCAUCAUCACCCCGGCGCUGCUCAUCCACUUCUUGUGGUACAAGCCACACCCCGACGAACACCGGAAAUUCGUCAAGGACAACGUCGAGGCCUGGCUCUUCUGGGCGGCUGCUAAUGUCUCCAUCUCCUGGGCUCUUGCGCUCAUUGUCGACAUCAUCCCGGUCAUCAUACGAUGGGUCAUCUCUCUGGCAUGGGGCCACGUGAGCGAGCUCAUCAAGAGCCGUCUCGAGCUGUACAACAGCGUGAAGGAUACGAUCAAGCCCGCGCUGUAUGCCGCGAGUUGCUGGGUCAGCUGGGUCAUCCUGUUCAACAAUAUCUUCAAGCUGUACGACAUGGAUAACGAGGACCAAAGUCGAGCGUCGUAUACGCCCAGGGUGUACCAAGGCAUCGAGUUCCUUUUCUUCUUUGCCCUUGUUAUAUGUGCGCAGAGGAUGUUGUCACACUUCAUCGCCUUCUCAUUCCAUCGUACCGCAUACAAGGAGCGUCUUGACGGUGUACAAGAAGCACUCCGGGUCAUCGAGAAGCUGCGCAUGUACCGUCCGAAGCGCCGUCAUGCGGCCAAGUCUUCCUUCGGUCGCACGACUCCCAGUGCAUUGGUCGGCCUGCUCACACCAGCUCACGAAAAGGACCGCUUCCUCGGUCACUCGAGACCCAGUACCCCCGGUGGCUCGCGCGCUGGCACUCCUGAUUUCGGUGGCCAAGACAGCGACGACGACCGGGAUGCGACCCUUGUGCAAUCGAAGAAGAAGGGCAAGGCACGGACGAGCUGGGUUCCUCACCCCCGUGGCCAAUCCGACCCCACGAACCUCCACAGCCAGCGGCCGGACCUACAGCUUGACGUGAACGAGCAGCACCGGUACCCCCCAUCCCCGCUUGCACAAAGCCCUGCGAACGCGAACGCGCCCCCCGCGCGUGCCCACCGGCGGAGCUCCGACUCGGACGAAGACGCAGCGGCGAUCGUGCAGCAGGCGGCGACCUCCGCCGCGAAGGUGCUCAAGUCCGCGAUGCUGCACGACGCGCGCGGGAUCCGGGGCACGAAGGACGGGGAGGAGGCGCUGGGCGGGCUCGUGUGGAACGUGACGUCGUCGCACGAGGCGAAGCGGCUCGCGCGGUCGAUCUGGACGGCGUUCCGCGAGCCCGGGCGCGGGUACCUGAUCCCGACGGACCUGGUGCCCGCGUUCGGGGGGAAGCUCGAGGAGGCGAAGAAGGCGUUCGCGGUGUUCGACACGGACAACAACGGGGACCUGUCGCGCGCGGAGAUCAAGACGACGCUGCUGAAGGUGUACAAGGAGCGCCGGUUCCUGAGCCGCUCGAUGCGCGACGUGGGCGAGGCGCUGAAGACGCUCGACGGGAUGCUGCUGUUCAUGGCGUUCUUGAUUUUGUUCUUCAUCUCGCUGAGCGUGUUUGGCGUGAACAUCGAGAGCUCGCUCACGAGUCUGUACACGAUCGGUAUUGGCGCGAGUUUCAUCUUCAAGAACUCGGCGAGCAAUGCGUUCGACGCGAUCAUGUUCUUGUUCGUCACCCACCCCUUCGACACGGGCGACCGCUGUUUCAUCGAUGAUGAGAACCUUGUUGUCAAGAAGAUGGGGUUGUUCGCUACGAUCUUCACGCGCUCGGACGGUACGGAGACAUACUACUUCAACAGCCAGCUGUUCAACAAGUUCAUUACGAACGUACGGCGGAGUGAUAAAACGGCAGAAAAUCUGGUGAUGCAGGUUGCAUGGCAGACGCCGAUGGAGAAGCUCGACCAGCUCGAGAAGUGUCUAUGCAAGUGGCUCGAGACGGAGGAGAACCGGUGGUACCAGCCGACGACGUCCGUCACACUCCAGCACAUCGACUACCAGCGCCACCUCGAGAUCACCAUCGGUAUCCCGUACAACAGCAACUGGCAGGACUGGGGCCUCCGGAAUCAGCGCAAGACCGCAUUCUACGCGGCCGUGAACUACUACUGCCGGCAGCUGGGCAUCACCGCGUACGAGUCGCCGCUCCCAGUCGCGUUCGCGAACCAGGAGACGGGCGAGGUGCUCAUGCCGGACAUCGACGCGACGCCCGCGGGCGACGAGGACGUGGACCCGCUCGAGUCGCCGGGCGGCGCGGAGCCCGUGGACCGCCGCGACGCGCCCGCGAGCAAGGAGCGCAUGCUCGGGUUCCAGGCGCCGCCCGAGGACGGGUUCCCGAGCGGGCUAAGGAGGCGCAAGCCGCGGAGCAAGAAGGCGAUCCUGCGCUCGUUUGGCGCUGAUGGUUUCUGAGCUCUUGCCGUUGGCUCGAUGUUGUUGCUGGCACACUCGCGUCUCUCUUCAUUUCAGACUGUUUCGUUACAGUCGGGCGCGGGCCGGGCGGUGUGGUGUAUAUGGAGGAAGGCUGGAUAUACCGGGUAUAUAGCGGUGGUCCUUACGGACGAUUUCUGUGCUUGGUUAUUGGACGAUGAUGAUGACACGUUUGACUUGAUACGAUCCCACACAUACAACCUUGCAUCUGCAUAUAGAAUACUCAUCCAUUCCGUUCCAGACUGUCGCAUAUAGACGGUCUCCUGUGCUAUCCUACAGUACCUCUCGAGACCAGUGCUCUCGCUAAACACAUACGUACGACCCUCGGUGCUAGCAAUCGAAUCCUCGUUAAACGUUAUCAUUAUUCUCGAGCCACCUGCCGACCAUGCCCAUGCAGCGCAAUCACGCAGGCGUGAUGUUGAACCACUUGUUGAACACGAGCUCCGGGUCGUACUUCUUCUUAAUCUGCUGCAGCUUCGAGUAGUUGACUCCAAACAGCAGCUUCGCCUUGUCGACAGGCACCGCGCCCUCCGUCGCCGACGCAUCGCUGUCCGGACUGUAGUUCCCGUACCCCACGCUCGCCUCCGUCCCGAACAGCCCUAUGAGCUCACGCGCCGCAUCGCGCGCGUACGCGAGCGCGGCCUCGCCGUCGUCGCGCGCGUACACCGCGGCGAGGAUGUUCGGCACGAGCGCGCGCGGGUAGGCCGUCGCGUCGUCCGGCACCGCGUUCGCGGCGGCGAGCGGGAAGUACUCGAGCAGCAGCCCGAUGUGGUACUCCUGCGACGCGGUGUGCGCGGCGACGCGCUCGAAGACGGUGGGGAGGAUGGAAAGCGGGAGCGGGGAGGGCGCGAACGCGCCCUUCAUGUACGCGUUCUGGCCGGGCGUCACGAUCUGGUUCUGGAGCGCGUUGAGCGACUCGUAGGGGAUCUCCUUGGUCAUGUCCGCGACGGGCUUUAGGUCGAAGAAGGCUUUGUAGGCCUGGCGGCCCUCUUCCUCCGAGCCGUUGUAGAACAGGAAGGCGACGAUGGCGGGCUGAUGCCCGGGCCCGCGCGUGAAGAUGUGAAUCAGGCCCUCCUUCCCGGAUGGCCCGUUGUUCCACCACGCCUCCGUCACCUUGAAGAGCUUGUCGAGCACGUCGGGCGUGAAGACCGCGGGGCCCGCGAAGACCGUGCGUCGCUGAGGGUGCAGCUGCAGGACAAACUCGGUGACGACACCGAAGUUCGAGCCCCCACCGCGGAGACCGAAGAAGAGGUCUGCGUUCUCGGACGCGUUCGCAGUGCGGAUGGCGCCGUCGGCGGUGACGACCGUAGCCUGUACGAGGUUGUCGAUAGCGAGGCCGUAUUCGCCGCUCAGCCAUCCGUAGCCGCCGCCCAGGACAAGGCCGCCAACUCCAGUGUGGUUGACCGUGCCGCCAACAGUAGCGAGCCCGUGCUCGAUAGCGGCCUUGUCGACGGUCUCCCAGAUCGCGCCGCCGCCAACGUAGGCGAGCUUCUUCUCGGGGUCGAUGCGCGCCCCAGCCAAGUACCGCGAGAGGUCGAUCACCAGCCCGCCCUCGCUCGAGGACGCGCCGGCAGGGUUGUGUCCGCCGCCCUUGAUCGCGAUGCGCAGACGGGCCUGCUUCGCAUACGCGAUUGCAGCGGAUACGUCUGCCGCGUCCUUGACGAACGCGACGACCGCCGCCUUGCGUGCCGCGUUCUUCGCCCAGCGGGCGAUGGCCUGGUCGUAUCCGACGUCUUCGGGAGUGAUGAGGUCGCCCUUGAAGGUCGAUUUAAAAGCUUGGAAGUCGGUCAUGUC